UACCAAGGGGUCAACCUUUCUUUGCAAAUCAGUUGUUGGUCAGUUUUUGCGCCUACGUUGUUGUUGGUGGAUGCUCCUAGCGUGACAGCCUGUGUUGGUCUAGUAAGUUAUUGAAGUUUGGCCGCGAUAACAGUCGACUUUUCUGCGCCACCGCUCACGUGUGUGAAAGUCACCGGUGUACGAGAUGCUGUCUGCACCGAAGGGAUACCCGACAGGGACCACGAUGAACACGAUGGGGAUGAACACCAUGUCGAGCAUGGGAGGGAUGAACCACGCGUCGUACACGGGCACGGGACCCGUCAACCCCGGGGCCUACUCAGCCUCGGCCUACUCAGGGACCAUGAACGGCAUGGGCACGGGUUACCCGGCAGCUGGCGGCAUGGGCGGCCUGCAGUCCUACCCGGCCGGCUCCGUCAAUGCCAUGGGCACCAUGCAGACUAUGAACAAUAUGGCAUUGAACAGAAACGCCAUAGCCGAGCGCGAGAAGGCGUACAGACGAAGCUACACGCACGCCAAGCCGCCCUACUCCUACAUCUCUCUCAUCACCAUGUCCAUCCAGAGUUCUCCCAACAAGAUGGUGACGUUGGCAGAAAUCUACCAAUUCAUCAUGGACUUGUUCCCCUACUACCGACAGAACCAGCAGCGUUGGCAGAACUCCAUCAGACACAGUCUGUCCUUCAACGACUGUUUCGUCAAGGUGCCGCGCACCCCAGACCGUCCGGGCAAGGGCAGCUACUGGACGCUGCACCCUGAGGCUGGCAACAUGUUCGAGAACGGCUGCUACCUUCGGAGACAGAAGCGCUUCAAGUGCGAGAAGAAACUAGCCAUGAAGAUGGCCCAGCAGCAGGCGGCACGCGACACCCCCAACCCCGGGACGGAGAACUCCGCCGUCUCGCCGACUACCACGGCGGAGCCCGCCAGCACACCCACGACAACGUCGAACGGUGCCUCAACCCUGCAGCCUCUCCAGCCCAUCAACACGCCAUCCCCCAACCCACAGGAGCAGCAGCAGCACCAGCAUCAUCAACACCAACACCAACAACAACAUCAGCAGCAGCCGCAAGUCCAGACCACCCAGCCCCAGGACAUGCAGCAGCACGCCCAACAACACCAGGGUCUCCCUGCGCGCCCCAUCCCACAGCAGUCCUCCCUUCCCAUGUCUAUGGGCGGCUACUUCAGCCCAGAACACCUGCGGGCAGCUCACGGCUUCACCCAUCCCUUCUCCAUCUCCAACCUCAUGUCUCAGGAACACAAGCCCGACUUGAAGGAGUACGCCGCCAUGGGGUACUCAGGCUACAACUCCAUGUCCCCGACAGGUGUGCCGAAAACGACCAUGUCCAUGGACAGCAUGGGGACGGACUAUUACCAAGGGUAUGUUCCCCAGCAUUCCCAACCUUCGUCUCUAUAAUACUGCCAACAUUCCCUCCUGCGGUGACAGAGACUGACAGUGACUCUACUUUAAGGCUCAGACAGCACUCCUCUACAGAACUGUUAAGAACUGUGAGAUACACGUAGCUGUCUACUUUCGUGCGAGGACAAUCGACCAUUUCUUACGUCUUGUACUAGACUAGAAACAGACAGUGAGCUUCUGACAGAUUUAUUUACGUCCCUCUGCUUCUAUGUACACUGGGAUUCCUUCUCACCACUCUCCGCACAACUGAAAUGCAAAUGCCGGUAAAUAUUUGUUGUUAUUUAUUGAAGUGCCUUCGACGGGUUAACCGGAGGUCACUCAAACAUUGUGUACCGUUCUCGGAAUUCACUUAUUUUCCUUAACAGUGUAAGUUGUCUUUUCUUGUGUCGUCGCGAUGUUCUUCGCGGCGUAAACAUGUUCCGUUCUACUUGUGAUCUCCCCUAUGUAUGGGCCGAGGCAAAUGCUUUUUGAAGAGGCGCGGGGUGCUUUACAGGCCCCCAGAAAUGGCGCCAAGUAAUGGUAGACAAGCGUAGUGUCGUUGUUUUGUAGUUGUGUAUGAUAGAAUGAUAGCACGCAGAAUUUCCCUAAGCUGCAAACGAUGUGCCAAUGUCCUGAAUGACCACUUAUACACUAGCUAGAUCCUAAAGCAGCUAAAGAAUCGUAACAUUCCUGUUGUCCAAUGGUGAUGAUUAUUGACGGUAGUCGAGUGAGAAAUGUGACUCUAAUCUUGAUAUGAUGUUGUAAUUUCCGAGCAAACAAAUUAAUUUAUUUUUCAUUCAUGAGAACUUUGUCUUUGUAUUAUGUACAUGUGCACGUUAACUAUGGUAGACUAUACAGUAGUCUUUAUUUUGUACAUUAACGUUAACACUUAUGUCUGACGAGAUGGGAAUUUUCUACCCCAAAACACGUAACAGAAAGAAAAUCCAUGACAUGAUGUGACUGAAAAGUAAUGUUGUACAAAGUUCAGUGGAAUCAAAAAUACACCCAAUCAACAACAAUA